AUGGCCGCAAUCAAGUACCCGUGCGAUCGGGUUAUCGCAUUAGCCAAUGUCAACAACGCGAACCAGUGCCACCGGUUCUACGGUGAAGUUGGCGAAGGUUGUGUCACUCUCGAAAUUGUCACACCAUCUGUUGGACACUGCAGAAAUCUUCGCUGGAAGUUAGAUGCCACUCUCUCGGAGGAAUAUUUUAUGAUUAUCAUACUCGUUUCGGGUCAUAACGACAUUGGUUGGGUACAGCUGCUGGUCCCGAAAGUUAUUGAAUUGGCGGCAUAUGCGUCCAUAGACUUUUACGAUUUUGAACUGAAUGAGUCAUCAAUGGCUGCAGCUGCAGCGGAAGUUAUGAUCUACAACGAAACCCGCAAAAAAUGGCAAGCCCCGGAUGGUGCAGAAGGGCAGCUAUCAAAUAUUCAGAUUUUACACAACGCUGCGCGCCAGUCUUUUCGAAUUAUCGCCAUUAGAGAACAGGAUGGCGCUUGGGUGCUGAACUGCAAUAUCCAUCAUAAGCUCAAGUAUCAUACUGCGACGCCGACUUUUCAUCAGUGGAGAGAUGAACAAAGACAGGUCUACGGCUUGAACUUCUCAUCAGAAAAAGAGGCUCGAGACUUUGUGUCGGCAGUUGGUCAAGCCAUCGACUACUUAAAUCAUCAAUUCGUGCACGGAGGAGAGUAUCAAAUACCGAAUGACAACGUAUACCAGGAUCCACAUCAACACAUGAUGUCUCAUAUCCAGUCAGCGCCGUCAUUCAGGGAUCAGGAAGACGGCAGUGGAGGUGUCGCGCAUUCGCCAAUGAACCAAAACCAUCCAGGAUUCAGGAAAUCAUCUCAUUGCAUGCAGGGAAACUUAUCCCUUGCUCAGCAGCAGAGACGAUCUUCUCAGGGAUCCAGCUCUUCCUCCAACAGCCCUUGUAAUAUCUAUGGGCAGCAACAAACUGCCAGUCCUUCACGAGUUGCACCCGGUCCACCAGCGGCUCCUGCCCCACCUACACCAAAUAUCACAUCAUCCUCUUUUCCACCACCGGCUCCUCCACCACCUCCUACUGGAGGAGCGCCACCGCCACCACCUCCUCCGCCACCUCCACCGAAUCUCUUAAAAAGUUCUAAUGUGAAAGGAACUAGUUUGGUGGAUCAGCUGAAAGGAGCACAAUUGAAGAAGACGGGAGGUGUGAGAGACGGCCGUUCUGUAUCGAUAGCGGAAGGAUCAUCAGUUUCUAAUGGACCUGGAUCAGUAGCUGGCUCAUCCCAUGGCGAUUUGCUUUCCGAACUAGCUGCGACGUUUAAUCGAAAGAAGAUCAGCCAAGCGAAAGCGGAUGCAGUUGAUUCCAAAUCGAAUGCUAGCAAUGGAUCAUCGGAUAGCGGAUGCGGUACGAUUCCCCCAGUGAAUGGAUUUGCUUUGCCAGCCACUACAGGGAACGCGGCAAGGAAAUGGGAACCCAUCAAAACAAAUGGAAACAUGGAGAGCCCAAAGACGCACAGAAAAGUUCCAUCCGGAUCUUCCAUCUCUUCUCAGGAAGAAGCGGCCAAGACAAAUGGAAUUACAGUUAGCAAUGCUGUGAUUACUCCCGAGGUUUUGGAAAGGUUUAAAGCUGAGCUAAUGGUAGAAGUACGCUUGGAGAUCAACAAGGCAAAACAAGACAUUAUUGAGGCUUUCCGAACGGAGCUAGCCCGUCAAUAG